AUGGUGAAACUCUGGUUUCGGCUGGUGAAGACUUUGAACUGGGAUUCUUCAGCCUUGGUAACUCGAAAGGCUGGUCUUGGGGAUAUGCAAGGAGUUUUAGUCCUCCUUAAUAGCUCAAACAGCAUUGUAUGGUCAUCAAAUUCAUCAAGAACCGUGGGGAAUCCAGUAUCACAACUCUUGGAUACUAGAAAUCUUAUUGUAAAGUACAGAAAUGAAACUAACCCUUAUAACUACUUGUGGCAAAGUUUCAAUUAUCCUUGUGACACAUUGCUGCCGGAAAUGAAGCUUGGUUGGAACUUAGCUAGCGGUUUAGAGAGGUAUGUCUCGUCUUGGAAGAGCACAAAAGAUCCUGCUCAAGGAGAGUUUUCGCUAUGGAUAAUUCAUUGUGGCUUACCACAACUUUUUACUAUGAAAGGAGAGAAGAUACAGGUUAGAGGAAGGUCAUGGACUGGCAUUCAUUUAACAGGAUAUGAAUUUAGAGGAAAAAGAGAACUAAAUCCAAUAGCUGGGGCCGAAUUUGGGUUGAACAAGGAUGAGGUCUACUAUAAGUACACGCUCCAAAAAAGGUCGGUGUUCGCCAGAUAUAUAUUGAACCCGUUAGGCGUUGGGGAGCUGUUCACAUGGGUGCACCAAACACAGAGUUGGGCAUUUUCAUGCAGAUCAGUAUGA